AUGUCGGAGUCGGACAACGAGACAUACGAAGUUGAGAGAAUCGAGAAAGCCAAGGUGUUCAAGGAAGGUGGCGGGAGGAUCUGGAAAUAUUUCGUCAAAUGGAAGGGCUACGAUACCAAUGAAAACACAUGGGAGCCGGUCAGCUCCUUUGCGGAUGACGACCUCAUCAACGAGUUUUGGCUAUCCGCAGAUACCCGCGAACGGGAUUGGAGCAACUUGAGUCAGUUUGAUCCCGGCGAGGAAAUACGGAAGUCUACCACGCGAAAGAAACCGAGCGAAUUUUCUCUUUCGACUGGUAGCCGCGCCUCCGCAUCUACUCCCCGGCAAAAGCGGCGCUAUGCGGCCCAUGUUUCGGAUCCCGAAUCAGAGGAACCCAUAUCCCCACCGCCCAAGAAGCCGCGACAAAGUAUCUCUCAGGGCAUCCGGAACGGAGGAUACGAACGCCAAGCACAGGUUGCUCCGGAUACACAGGAAGCCGAAGACGUGUUCGCGCUGCGGAAACGACGUCGCUCAUCUGCGAAUCUUAAGACCUACAGUGCGCAGUCUCGAAAGCAGAGGGGAAAGCAGAUUGCGAGGCCUCGCUUUGAGGACGAAGAUGAACCGCUUGACGCGAGUCAUGUUGAGUUUGCGCACCAAUUCCAAAAUGUGUUCAACACUGUGCACAAUGAUCUUGUUGAGGUGGAUGAUUCUGACGGUCCAGACAAUGCCGAGGUUGCUCGGACGAGCAAGGUGAAGCCCCGGCCUAGCCGGCGUCCUCGGUCCGUGGCACGACGGUCUCCAUCCGUUGGUGCCAACCAUUGGGUCACCAAGUCCAACGAUGGUUCUGCAGGGAGCGGUUCUUCACGAAGUGUCUCUGUCGAAAUCGUGGAAUCGACCAUAGUACGCGGCAGGCCGCGGAAAUUGCCGAAGAAACCUGCACUUGCUCAACGCUUCCUUCAGGAAGGACCCAGUUCUCAAGCUGCCUCUGUCAGCGAUCACCGAUCGUCUCCCGGCAAGAAUAUGGUCAAGAAGAGCAGGGCCGGGCCCGGCCGCAACUCAGCGCUUCUAUCCGACAUUCGGCCCGAGAUGGACUCGGAGCCAACCCCGUCGACGCGGAAGAGCAAAGGGAAGCGAAGGGCUGUUGUCGAGACUGACGAAGGGUCUGAGGGGCAUGCAACAGGAGACAGCAUACGGAACGAAGGCAAACGAAAGGUUCGGUCACCGAAGGCGUCGUCACGCAUGGACAUCGACGAUACUAAGGAUAAUCUACACGAGAAGGAACUGGCUAAACGGGCGAUAAUAAGGGAAAGGGAGAAACUACAUCAACAACGAGUAAUGAAAGCGACACUCUCCCGCAACGCCGAUGACAAGGGGCUACACAAUCCUACCGGUAGUAAACGAGGGCACAACAGUCACAACAAGUCAUCCAAAUCUCAGAAAUCCCCUUCCCUUCAGCUCGAUGACGAUUCCACAUUGGACUUGGUGCCCACCGGCCUACUGGACACUGAUGCCCCAUCCCCGACCGUCCCUUCCCCAGAAGCGACGAAGCAUCGCGGCCUCGCUGUGGAAAAUGAGUCCCAUCAUUCUGCCUCAGGUGCAGAUCAGCGACACGAUGAAUCCUCGGAGCCCUUAUUUCUGGACAGCCCCGAACCCACCUCCCCGCAGGCUGGCAAUGACAAUGUUGCCCCGGCCGAGCGCCGCGAGGAGAUGCUGCCGUCGCCAUUGACGGCCUCGAGGCCAGCCGAAGAUGCCACAGGCUCAACCGCUCUGCGAUUGCCAGGACCACCAAAGGUGGAUCAGCCCAGGAUUCCUGCGCAUAGGAACAAGGUGCCCCGUGUCAAAACAUUCGACACCGUUCCGAGAAACAACUCUAUACCUGCUAAAGCUCGAGCCACCCAGCCGCGUCGCAAUCCAUCAACAUCCCAAGGAGUGCCACAGCCAACGCCUCCCUUGAGCUCCGGCGUGCUCUCGAGGGCAAACACAGAGAACGAGGUCAUCCCUGCAUCCGUUUCUCCGUCCCCUGGACCUGAUUUAGCCUCUGGCAACCGCGAUGAGUCCCUUCGCACACUCACGCCGCCACCGCCGAAUUCUCUUCCGUUUGGUGGGCCCACAGACUCGAAUGACGGCACAGCUGAUGUUCAGCUACAUGCUACCAGUAGCGUGGGCGCUGGUCCGGGAGGAUCGGACGUUCAUCCUGAGCUUGAGGAUGGUCGUCGAUAUCCCCCCGUGCGCAACGCAGCUUCUGAGUCCGCUCAGCCGGCGCACAGACAACAUCAAACAAAUCCUCGGGUACGGACCCUUCCGACCACCUCUGUAGGCAAGAACGAGCCAGCGGGAAGAUCGAUUGGGGCAAAACAACGCGCGAUCGCUCAGAUGUCGAGACCUGGGCCGCUCGGUUCUGGUUCUUCGAAUGCGAAAGUGACGAAGACCACGCUCCCGAGGCGAGGUGGUAGUCUUCUUACCUUUAACAAAGGCAGCAAGGCGGGCGUGGGCAGAGGCGUUGUCAUGCCGCGUUCGACGGGGAAGCCUAUCGUGCAGUCGUCGUUGGCCGAGCAGCAGAACACAGGUCCUUUCGAGAAUUCUCCUGACAAGGACAACGCAGAUAUGGCGUCGCUAUUCAGCGAGCCCGAUGAAACCGAGGCCGACGCUGAUGUCGGGCAAGUUGUCCCAACUGGAGAAGAUAUACUGAAGGCACACGGCCUCGGAGUGAAUGAUACUGCGGAUCUCCCAGAUUUCAACGAGGACGAUGCACCCGCUCCUGAAGUUCCAAUAUCUCAGGAAAACGUUGCUACGACCAUCCCCGCCCCUCAACCGCCGUCCCAUGAUGUUGUCAAUUCCCUGUUCGGUAACCGAUUGUCAGUUCAGCCAGCACCCGUUUUCCCAGUUUCGCCGAUCACCGGCUCAAGCCGUCCAAUGCGGGCGCCUGCGUUUUCGCUCCGCCUCGAUACCGUCGCUUACCUUCACGUGGCUUUGCACGAUCUGCACGACGACUACUCUGUGCUGGAAGCAUUGGGCAAAGCGAAUCCCGGAGUGCCAGGCAAGCUAUAUGAGCCUCCGGCGAUGCAAGUCAUGGUCGGUGCAUUGGCAAAGAUCAGUGGCAAGGUCGGCGUCGUCUCCAGUGCCAGGGUCGAGAGAGAUCGAAACAGCGACGACGAGAAGCAGAUUGACUUGUGGCAGCGGUUCAGAGAAAGACUGGAGAACAACGGCGUGUUCGUCGAGUUGAUUGAAGGCCGUACAUUCGCAGUAUACUCCUCCGGGAACGGACUCGCGACGCAACGAUUCAACGUGCACCCGUCUCUGCUUAAGUCUACUGAGGCAAUCCUGAUCACACCGGUCGACAUCGUCGACGGGAUGGCAUACGCGAACGCCGCCGUGCAAGCCGCCAACGUCAAGUGGUGAAGUCGAUUAUAUAUCCAAAUCUGUAUCUUCUCUAUGUCGUAUUGCUUUUUUGCGCUAUCCCGCAUAUUUUCGCAACCUAUAUGUUAAUGCUAUGAAUAAUUAUACAGAACAUGUGAAUGCAAAUGCAUGGCGUCGAUGAGGAAUAUAUAGCGAGUGGUGAUCCUUCCAUAUUAGCAUGAGUGACGUGAUCCAGACCCUUUUUCAAUACUUGAGGAAUUCUACGAAGCCGGGCUCGUGUCGCCUUCCCGUGAAGGAGAUCGCAGGCGCUUUUUGGACGAGCUACGCCGUAAAAUGGCGAUGAACCAGCCGCGGCGCUCGGAGAUGGCUGACAUAUCACAGUUGUCAUGGCUUGGAUGCCAAUGGGUCUUCUUCGAGAGCGACGCUUUCGAGAGCGAUGCGGACAAGCUGGUCACAGAGGCGACAUAACGGCAGUCCGAGCUUGAGGGUUUCGACCCGAGAUGUGACGUGGAGACCGCGUAGUCGUAUGAAGGCGGCGGUUCGUUGGGCGCUGGCGGUGGCGGGGAUAUCGAGCUAGAGGUGGGUGCAGCGGAUUUCCGCGGUGUCACCACGGGUGCGUGACGAGGGGCAUCCCUCCGAAGCUCGGGCAGGCAAGCCAGCUGGGGGUGCACGGUGGUGGACAAAGAGUGGGACAUCGUUCUCGUUGCGAGAUGCGCCGCCGAGUCUUUAUGCCCGGGCUGUGCG